UUCCCGUGUUUUUUUUUUUUUUUGUCACAAAUGGAUCAACCAUCACUACAAAGCAUCCAUGUAAAGCUCCUAGGUUUCGAUCUCCUGUCUCUAACUCCCUCCAUAACCAACUCAUCCACUUUCUACCUCAAAGGUAACCCAAUCUCACGCGCCGAAAUCCUAGGUGUAAUCACUUCCCGGGACCAGAAACCUAACAAAUUCCUCAAAUUCACGAUAGAUGAUGGCACCGCCUCGGUCACUUGCAUCCUCUGGCUCAACCAACUCAGUUCCCCUUAUUUCUCCAAGCGCCAACCGGCAACAGUUCUAGUUAUUUCCCACCUGGCGAAAAGCUUCGCCGCCGAUGUCCAGAUUGGGAAACUGGCUAGAGUUCGCGGCAGGAUCACCAGGUAUACAGGUGAGUUGCAGGUUACCGUUUCUGAUGUUGUGAUUGAAAGGGACCCCAAUGCCGAGACCUUGCAUUGGCUGGAUUGCCUCAGCUUGGCUCGCCGCUGCUACGGCCGUUAGUUCAGCCAAUGCAAUGGAUUAGACACGAACUAUGUUCAUAACAAGUUUUGGGUCCAGUCGACCAUAGAAUGUCAGAACAUGGUAGGCCACAAGUUGUAAAACCAGCCCAUCCGAGGUUCAAUCAGGAGACUCACCCCUUUCUGAUGAUGACUCCUCACUGUUCUUCUGGUACAGAGCCUUCACAUGCACAGUGGUAGCAUCUAAAACCUACACAGUUCCACCAAAACAUAUCGAGAUCUAAAGCUGAUGGAUAUCCUAAGACAAUCAAUUAUUUAGAUAAGUAAACAAGUCAAACAGAUGCAGCUCAGGGCAAAGUAAAAUUUCAAAUCUACUGUUUUGGUUGCUUCUCUCCUUAUUUCUUCCCUGGGUUCAACUUUGAACCUCAAAACUUGAUGCACUGAAGUCAUCCUUACGAAAAUUCAGAAACCUAACAACGAUCAAUGCAUCAAUUCUUGCACAACAAGGAUUUAAUAUGGGCUUUGUUUUUAUCUAAAACAUGGGCCACAUUAAAAAACCCAACAACCAAUUGGGCCUAACUUUUCAAUGGUAUAAA